UGUGAGUCCUACGACAGAGACGCUGAGUAAGGUGUGAGUCCUUCCCAGAAGCUAAGUCUUACCUAGGAGAGAGUUUUAGAAGUGGUGGUAAGAACAUUACCACUUGGUGCACCAUCAACGACUGUCAAUCCCUUCAUGGAAAAACAGCAAGAGAACGAAUCAUGGUGAAUGUGGUUCUUCUUUUGAACACCCUACUUGGAUGGAAAGCACUACAUACACACACACACACACACACACACGCACAGUGAAGAGGGCGGCCAGGAGCUGUGACUCGACCCCUGCAACCACAAUUAGAUGACAUUAGUGAUGGUGGCGCUGACGACACUGCUGGUGGGAGUCAUGGUGUGGCAGACAAGGGGCGAGGUAAUGGAGUCAGGACUCGAGGGCACAUACUCCACAACAGUCACAGCUCGCAGGCUUCUCAGAGUACUGAAGAAGUACAACCCCAGGGCUAACGAAACUACACCCCAACUGAUCCAAUCCAACGGGUACCCGGCAGAGACCCACCGUGUCGUCACAGAAGAUGGCUAUGUAUUGCAGAUCCACAGAAUCCCCUUCGGCAGGAGUCGUCUGAAGACUCCUGUAGGAGAGGAGAACGCACCUCGCCCUGUGGCAUUCCUUCACCAUUGUCUUCUCUGUUCUUCAUCAGACUUUGUUAUGAAUACUCCAGAUAAAGCUCUUGCAUAUAUGCUGGCUGACGCUGGUUAUGACGUAUGGCUUGCCAAUGCUCGUGGAAAUACAUACUCCAGAAAUCAUCUGACUCUCUCUCCAGACUCCAAGGCAUUCUGGCAGUUUAGCUGGAACGAGAUGGCUAUAUAUGACGUCCCAGCAGCAAUAGACUACAUACUGAAUACCACAAAUCAGAAGGAUCUAUAUUACGUGGGUUUCAGCAUGGGCACCAGCGUCUUCUGGGCAAUGCUGAGUGAACGUCCACACUAUGCUGCCAAGAUACGGUUCAUGGUGGCUAUGGGACCGGUGGCUUACGUUCGAAACAUCAAGGGACCUCUUGGGUAUGCUGCACCUUUCGUCAAUCAGAUAGAAUUGACGUUAAAUCUACUGGGCCAGUACGAGUUGCUAUCGUUUGGACCAUUCAUGGACCGGUUACUGAGUACUUUCUGUGAUGAGAAACGCCUGUCAUCUUAUAUAUGUAGCAACAUACUCUUCCUCCUGUGUGGGCCAAACCCUCAGGAGCUCAACAAGGAGUUCCUACCAGUGAUGCUAUCCCAUACACCAGCCGGCACCUCAGUACACACCAUCACUCACUACCUCCAGCUAGUUAAUUCAGGAAAAUUUCGGAAGUAUGACUAUGGAAAAAUAUAUAAUUAUUACCAUUACAAAUUACCGGAGCCUCCAGUAUAUAAUCUGAGUCGCGUUACUACUGCCGUUGCUGUUUUCUCCUCUGAUAACGACUGGUUAGCUGAUCCACAGGACGUUUCGCACCUCGUAGCAGAGUUGCCCAAUGUAGUGUAUAAACAUCGUGUGACUGACCAUCACUUUACUCACCUCGACUUUGUUUGGGCUCUCCACGCUGACAAGCUGGUCUACCAGCACCUUCUGCAAGUCUUGGCUCAAUAUUAGGGUAUACUGGCUUAUUAUGUUCCAGGCUCAAUAUUAGGGUAUACUAGCUUAUUAUGUUCCAGGCUCAAUAUUAGGGUAUACUGGCUUAUUAUGUUCCAGGCUCAAUAUUAGGGUAUACUGGCUUACUAUGUUCCAGGCUCAAUAUUAGGGUAUACUGGCUUAUUAUGUUCCAGGCUCAAUAUUAGGAUAUACUGACUUAUUAUGUUCCAGGCUCAAUAUUAGGGUAUACUGGCUUAUUAUGUUCCAGGCUCAAUAUUAGGGUAUACUGGCUUAUUAUGUUCCAGGCUCAAUAUUAGGGUAUACUGGCUUAUUAUGUUCCAAGCUCAGUAUUAGGGUAUACUGGCUUAUUAUGUUCCAGGCUCAAUAUUAGGGUAUACUGGCUUAUUAUGUUCCAGGCUCAAUAUUAGGGUAUACUGGCUUAUUAUAUUCCAGGCUCAAUAUUAGGGUAUACUGGCUUAUUUUGCUCCAGGCUCAAUAUUAGGGUAUACUGGCUUAUUUUGCUCCAGGCUCAAUAUUAGGGUAUACUGGCUUAUUAUGUUCCAGGCUCAAUAUUAGGGUAUACUGGCUUAUUAUGUUCCAGGCUCAAUAUUAGGGUAUACUGGCUUAUUAUGUUCCAGGCUCAAUAUUAGGGUAUACUGGCUUAUUAUGUUC